AUGGGGCGGAAAAAAGGCGGGAAGGGCUGUUGGCCUCGUGCUGCGGACGGCAUAGGCGGAAAAAAGGCGGGAAGGGUAUUUGGUCUCGCGCUGCGGACGCGACAGGCGGAAAAAAGGCGGGAAGGGCAUUUGGUCUCGCGCUACGGACGCGACAGGCGGAAAAAAGGCGGGAAGGGUAUUUGGUCUCGCGCUGCUGCGGACGCGAUUGGCGAGAAAAAGGCGGGAAGGACAUUCGGCCUCGCGCUGCGGCCCCGACAGGCGGAAAAAAGGCGGGAAGGGCAUUGGGCCUCGCGCUGCGGACGCGACAGGCGGAAAAAAGGCGGGAAGGACGAUUGGCCUCGUGCUGUGGACCCGACAGGCGGAAAAAAGGCGGGAAGGGUAUUUGGUCUCGCGCUGCGGACGCGACAGGCGGAAAAAAGGCGGGAAGGGCAUUUGGUCUCACGCUACGGACGCGACAGGCGGAAAAAAGGCGGGAAGGGUAUUUGGUCUCGCGCUGCUGCGGACGCGAUUGGCGAGAAAAAGGAGGGAAGGACAUUCGGCCUCGCGCUGCGGCCCCGACAGGCGGAAAAUAGGCGGGAAGGGCAUUGGGCCUCGCGCUGCGGACGCGACAGGCGGAAAAAAGGCGGGAAGGGCGAUUGGCCUCGUGCUGCGGACCCGACAGGAGGGAAAAAGACGGGAAGGUCAUUUGGCCUCGCGCUGCACGGGCGACAGGCGGGAAGGGCAUUUGGCCUCGCGCGGCGGACGCCACAGGCAGAAAAAAGGCGGGCAAGGCGACUAGGCUCGCGCUGUAGCCGCGACAGGCGAAAAGAAAGAAAGGCGGGCAGCGCAGAGCUGUUGUAUUACUGUAUUUUCUCUACAGUGGAAGCCGCAAUUGAUGAAGAACAAUAUUCUGUUAAAGUAAUUAAAAAGAAUUACAUUUAUGGCAACAUCAAACAUCAAGUGAACAUUUAUGUUAAAGUGUAUACAAAUAGUCCAUUUCUAGUAUGCAUGGAUUUGGCACUUUCUCAGAAAGAAGUAAUAGAUCCAAACUAUUUAUGGAUUGGACCCAAUGGAAAGAAUCUAAAAGGACAAAGUUACAUCAAUCUCACUGAAACAGGAAAACUGAUGGUGAGAGGUUUUCAGGAGUCUAUGUCUGGAUCUUAUACUUGCACUCUUUCUUAUAAAACCAUCAACACUGACAUACAAGAAGAGAGAGAGAAAUUUAAGACAUAUAAAUUUAUGGUAUAUGCAUAUCGGGAGCCUGACUACACAUACCAGAUAUCUGUUCGGUUUACUACAAAAGAGUGCAGACUAGCAGCUAAUGAUCAAUUCUUUGAAGAGCUGAAGAAAAUCUUGAAUGAUUUAAUCUCUGAUUUGACAUGUCAUGUUAUAGAACCAUCAUACAAAUGUCAUGUCAUCAAGAUACCAAAGCAUGGCCUCCUGGAUGAGCUAUUUGUUACUUUUCAAGUAAAUCCUUUUGCCCCAGGAUGGGAAGCAGUUUGCCAACAGAUUUCUUACGACUGUGAAGAUGUAACCAACAGAAGAGUUCAGGAGGCAAGAGAUCUCAUUGAAGAAUUUUUCCAUAAACAAACAUAUGUUCUGAAGCACGAGUUUCGGAAUGUACCUGCAAUACAUUAUAUAGACCAUAGUUUUGAAGUUACUCGCAUUGACAGCUGUCGUCCAGGUUUUGGAAAAAAUGAUGACACCCACAAUGACUGCGCUAGUUGCUGUGUGGUUUGUGACCCUGGAACAUACAGUCCUAACAAUGAAGUGAGAUGUCGGAUUUGUACAAGCAUUCGAAUCAAACACUAUGGAGCAAAAUCUUGCUAA